AUGUCUGAUGUGUUUAGUGAAAUUGAUUUAAGUGAUAAUGCAACGAUAAUCGAAUCUAUUGAAUCAUCAUCGAAUCUUCGAGCACGUCGAAAAAAUGAUUCAUUAUCAAAUAAACAUAUACCAAAUUCAUCAUCACCAACAAACCAAAUAAAUCCUUCAUUAUAUCUUAAUACUUCAUUACAUGAAAUAACUUCACCUACAUCAUCAUCAUCACUUAUUGAUAGUAAUAAUUCAAUAUCAUCCUCAUAUAGUACAUCAUCAACAUCUACUCGAUAUUCACCUUCAUCAUCAUUAUCGUCACCUGUACCAACGACAAUCUCAUCUGAUUCAUCAUCAUUAUCACCAAAGAAUUUAACACGUUCAGCUGCAUCUAUUGAUUUAACCAAACAUAUAUUUAAUUUUCCUAUAACAAGACAAGAUUCAAUUAUUGAUUCAUUAUUAUCUGCUAUAUAUGAACGUGAUAGUAGUAUUUAUGGUUUAUCAUCAUCACAAGAUAGUGAUACAGUAACAACAGGUGAUUGUACGGAUCAAUCAAUAAAUAUACGUCGAUUAAGUGAUGCUUCUAUGUUACAUGAUGAAAAUACUGUCUUUUCAAGAUCAAAUCUUGCAAAUAAAAGUAUACAAGAAUUGCGACAUUUGUGCACUCAUAUUCAACAACAGAUAAGUCAAGCAAAUGCAAUACUUGUGAAAAAUCUUCGUCAUCGUGAUAAAAAUCUAUCUAAAUUACAACGAAAUUGUGAUAUUAUUACAGCGAUUUUACAAGCAGCUUCACUUAAACGACGUGAAGAUACAACAAUGCGAUUUUCUUUAACACCAUAUCCUGGUGAAAAAGGUUUUCAACAAUGGAAAGAUGCUAUAUCCGUUGCCAUACGAAUGCCAGGUGGCUUACCAGCUUCAAUUCGUCAAAAACUUUGGAUAUCAUUAGCUACGAAUUAUAUACGAGAAAUUCAUUUAGAUUGGGAUAAAACAUGUCGAUUUGCUUUUAAUAAUUUUUCUAAUCCAGAUGAUGAUCAACUUGGUAUUCAAAUAGUUAAAGAUCUUCAUCGUACUGGUUGUAGUUGGUCAUCAAAUGAACAUGAUCGUGCAACAUUAAAACGUGUUUUACUUGCAUUUGCACGUUAUAAUAAAUCUAUUGGUUAUUGUCAAGGUUUAAAUAUAUUAACUGGCGUUAUACUUGAUGUUGUUGAUAUGAAUGAAGAAUAUGCUUUAAUGAUAUUAAUUUAUUUAAUUGAUAGUAUAUUACCAAAUUUUUUUUCAAAUAAUUUACGUGCAUUAGCUAUUGAUAUGGCUGUUUUUCGUGAAUGGUUAAGAAUUUAUAAUAGUAAAUUACAUACACAUUUACAAAAACUUCAAUCAUCAUCACAUGAUGCAUCAGGUACAAUAUAUGAACCACCAUUAUUAAAUGUAUUUACAAUACAAUGGUUUUUAACAUUAUUUGCAACAUGUUUACCAAGACGUGCAACUUUACGUGUUUGGGAUGCAUUAAUGAUUGAAGGAAGUGAAAUAUUAUUUCGUACGGGACUUGUACUUUGGUCGAAAUUAGCAAUUUCGGUUUUGAAAGUAUCAACAGCUGAUCAAUUUUAUUCAGUUAUGGCAAAUUUAUCAGUUCAAUUAUUAGAUGAAAAAAUUAUCGAUGCAGAUAAUCUUAUAAAAGAAAUUUAUAAUUUUGGUCCAUUUCCUACACCAAUGUUGUCCGAUUUACGUCAAAAAUUUUCAUUUAAUAUCACACCAUUUCAACAAUUAUCGGCAUCAACUACAAAUAUACCAGAUGAUGGAACUAUAAAACAAGGAGUUGUACGAUCAAAUUGUGGGGAAUUAAAAUUAAGAGAUAAUAAACGAUCGAAAACAAAACUUAGUACAGUUGCUGAUGAUGAAACAACAGCUGAUGAAGAUAUUGCUAAUUUUAUGUCUUGUUUUGCAAUCUUAUCAUCUCCAUCACGAAAUAAUCGACUCGAAUAUCAUCCAAAUGAUUCAAUAAUAAAUAAUAAUACUACAGCAUUAUCACGUUUAACACCUGGAGCUUAUUCAAAUUUACCAACAACACAUAAAACAAUUUCAAUUGAAGAUUCUUUAUCACUUGAUAUAAGUCAACUUCGACAACAAUAUAAAAAACUUAAAGAACGUAAUAAACAAGUACAAAUUAUUAUUCAAACUGCUUCCAAUGAACAAAAACAGCGAUCACGAGCACCAUCAAUGCAUUCAUCAGCAACAAAUAAUCCAGAAAAUUUUCGUCGUCCAACACUAUCUUCACUUGAAUAUUCUACAUCGAAAUUACCAUCAUCUGUUUGUUCAAUAUCUAGUGGUCCAUUAGUUAAUCAUUUAUUAAUAAAACCAACAGAUAUAAAACGAAAUCAAUUUAAAAAAACAGUUUCUAUGAAGUCUUCAUCACCACCCCUUCCUAUACAAGAUCAACAACCUAAAGCAAUGCAAACAUUUCAAACAGAACCAAUUCCACAAGAAAAAGUUCAACGUUCAAAAGAGCAAGAAGCUGAAGAAGCAGCUGAAUUACAACAAGAAUUAGAUCAACUAUUAACAAGUCUUAAUCUUGAAAAGCCUACAUCACCAUCAUCAUCAAAAAUAUCCGAUGAAAAAGAAAAAUCUACAACUAAUGAAACAAUUCAACUUAAAAAUGUUGCACAAACACUUUAUAAUUAUGAAAAAAUUCAAGUAACAACAAAUGACAAAAAACAAUCACCUAAUAUAAUUGAUCGUUUAUUAACAUCACGUUCUGUACAAAUACCUAAAUAUUCAUCAUUUAAUCCAUUUCCUUCACGAUCAUUUAAUGAAAAUGUUGCUGUUAAUGGUUAUAAACUUGGAUUAUAUGCACCUGAUUCAGCAAAUCGUUAA